GUAACAAAAAAGGGCACUUUUGGCAUCUGGGGUCUGACGUGGAGGGUGGCUGACCAAGCGUUUGUUUCCGACGCUUAGGGUAUGAGAAUAUGUUGACAAAAUACAUAUUUUCAGAAAAGGCACUUGAGCCUUUUUCCUUGCAGCAAUGGCUUGUGGGUAAUACCCCUCACCAAUUGAUGCAGACUUGGGUGGAGUACGGAUCAAGGGUGCAAAAAGGACGUGGUCACCUUCCGCACUGGAGAAUUGGGACAUCCUAUGCCAGGGCUAUUUCAUUCUGGGCCUCGAGGGGUGGUAUCCAGCACUUUUUAGUUUUAACCCUGCUUCAAUAAGCAGGUGAUUAACAGGCUUCUGCAGAGCCUGAUGAGCUGCAGCACAGGGGACUAGUGUGCUGAAGCAGGGAAAUCACAAAAACGUGCUGGAUACCAGCCCUCGAGGCCUGAACUUAAGUAGCCCUGCCCUGCCGUCGCACCCCUGGUUGGGAUUGAGCAAUUAAAGGGUGGAAGUGUGAGUAUUGGGAUUGGGCCAUAGAGAGGGAGGGGCGUCAGAUGUGUGAUGGAUGGAUCAGGAUCCAGUCAUUAAGAACUGGUGAUUGAAUGAAGUUUUUCCAGGAUGGUACAUUUCAGAGGUGAUCACGUUUUUUAUUGAAAACACGUAUUUAUUUGUAUUGGUUGCCAUCAUGUGACAGGUCUUUCAAUCAAUAUGGCAAAAACAUCUCAGACUGCACCUUUAAGAACACCCGGGGAAGUGGGCAACAGUGGGCCUUUAUCCUUUCACAAUAAAAGCAUCAAAACACAUAAAUCAAACAUUUGAGGUUCAUAAAUAUUUGUUAUUAUUUGGGAAAAUUCCAGCUGCAGCAUAAACUUCCGAGAAGUCCGGUUCUGUUGCAAAAGCUGAAAUACGUUAUUAAUAAAUGUUUCUGUUCACACAAUGCAUGAUGGGUAUUGUAGGUAUUUUCCACUGUGUUGUCUUCAUCUUUUGACUCAUUCUAAAUAUUUUCUGAUGAUUCAACUGUUUUUUUUUAUUGUUUUUUUUUUACUUUAUUUUUAACAUUUUGACUUAAAUCUCAAAGCUGGAAAGAAAAAAAGAGAAACCUCCUCCACCAUGUCUUCCAUCAGUGGUGUUUGAGGUGUAUGUGAAGAAAUCACAUUUUGGUGGAAGAAAAAACAAAAAGUGAUUGAAUUUUAAUAACAGCUGAAUAAUCCUUCUUCAUGCUAAAAUGGAAUAUUAGAUUUUUAGGCUUUUAACUUGACUUGAGAUGGAAGAGUUUUCAUUCUCAAGAAGAAAAUUGGCCUUUUCAGCUUAAAUCUUCAGAUCUGAACAAAACAAUAAUAAAACUCGCAAAGUUGUGGUGUGACGGGGUGCUCAGCAUCACUCAAAGGUCAGGCUGCUCUCACCCCAACCAUCAUGAGUCACUCAAGAAAACAUGGAGGGACGGAUCCGCACCACUCCUCAGCGACUGAGACAGACGAGAAGAACGCUCCGGUCGUGCCAGGAGCGCUGAGAGGCAGGCAGCACCUGCAGCUGCAGCUUGUAAUCGGGACGGGAAUAAUCCAGGAUUCCCAACGUGUUCUCCAUCGGAUCUAUUCCUGCUUUUUCACUCAGCUCACGGGCUGCACGUGUCAAAAAUGGUUACAAAUAUUGUUCUGACUUUAUUUUAAAUAACAUUUUAGGUUUGAUUAACUUAACCAAAAAAAUGGGAUUUUUUUUUCAGAUUUCGAAAAACAAUUAAAAUGUUUAAAUCAUGACAUUUCGAGCAUUUAGAAAAUAAACUAAAUGAAUGAAUGUUUUGUACUCGUUUCUGAUGUUAACAAACCGUAGAGAGAUUCUGGGCCUUUUCAGGCCUCCGGCAGCUUUUUAUUAUAUUAUUUCUCCAUAAAAUCAUCAGAUUUUGCUAUCGUUUAUUGUAAAGCUGCUGAUUUUCUCUCUGCUUUUUUUCUGGCAGCGCUAAUAAAACAAACAAAAGAUGCUUUUUGAAUGGCAGCGGGCGUCAGUCCGCUGUUGCCUAGCAACGGACACAACAGAAAAGCACCUGUGGCUCUGAAAGGAUGGAGCACGUUUAGGAAAAGGUUUUUUUUAGGUGAUCUCCUCACAUCCGCGCUGGUUUCAUCUUUUAUUUCAUAUAUGUUUAUUUUAGACAAUAAGCGUAAAUUUACGGAGUAAAAAGUAUCUUUAUGCUGUUUUUUUAUUGAAGUGAAACAUGUUUUAUGUUUUCUCCGCGCAGCUCUUCCUGUCGGAGUUUUCCAUCUGAACCUCCCAGAGACCAAGUGGUGCUCGCUGCAGAACCACAAAGGCGGAGCUGCACCAGAAGGUGGAGCUGCACCAGAGUCAGCCCCGCCCAUUCCAGAAUCAGCCCCGCCCAUCCUAUCGGAGUCAGUCCAAUUCCUUCCAGUUGUCAGACUUGAUAGCAUUCUGGAAACAAAGAGGGUGUUAUAGCUAAAAAAUGCAAGAUUGAGGAGGGAGUUGAGAAGUUAAUUGAACAGUUUUUGUAAAGGUUCCAUAUAAUUAAAAAUCUAACUUUUGGAACUUUUAAUCAUGUUAUAUUGUCAUUUCCUCAUAAGAAACACGCCAAAGCCAUUUUUGGCCUCAUUCAUGCAUUUUCUUCCCAUCUCAGCUUCAAUUUGGUCUCCUCCCCCAAAGUGGGUCUGGUCUUGGUUCUCAAAUCUGGAUAUUCUGUGAAUUUUCUGACAAUUUAUUUCUGAAAUGACUUCUACUGAGACACCGCCAGAAAAAUCAUACAUCCCAUCUACAAAGACACACCAAAUAACAUAAUAAAAUGUAACGCCACCUGAUUUUUAUCAGAUGUGGUGGUGUAGUGGUAAUGGUGUCAGGUUGACAUGCAGUUUUGCGCAGGUUCGCCUCCCAGCAGUGGAAAUAUUCUAUAAUCUCUUUUCCUCAUUUCUAGCUACACUUGCCAGUACUAUGUUUACAACAAUUUAUUGGUAUGCCGUUUAACAUAUAAUGACUAAUGUGUUUUUUUUAUUUAUUCAUUCGUUUAUUUAGCCAGUGUGAGUCCAUCUGUGAGCAGAGUUUCAACUAAAAUGCUGUUUAGGAACGACCAAAUUCAAAGAACUUGUAGAGACAUAAAUAUUUUGCUAUAAAUGAACAUUACAACUAAAAUAUGAACAAAUUAAAUGUUUCAGCUGGCUGAAUAGAUUGUUGCCGACCCCACCGAGAAUCGAACCAGCAUCAGCUGAGGGGAAAGCAAAACGUUAGUCAGACGAUCUUGCCACUGGACUACCAGAACCCACAGGAAGGGUACAUGCUGUUGUACAGGACUUUUGUUAGAGCGGCUGUGGGCAGAUAUUCGCUACGAGAAACCUUUUUAUUUCGGGAUAUAUUCAGACUUUGUCAUGUAGCAAGUUAUAUUUAUCUUGUUUAAUUGGAGCACAGAACAUAGCAUUAACGACUGUAAACUAGUAACAGCCGUAAUUCAUGUGGGUCAGGUCAGUUUGCGAUAAAGUUGAAAACAAAAACGGAAGUCAGUGGGCUAGGCUGAGUUUGCGUGAAUGGGCGGGGUUGACUCUGGUGCAGCUCCACCUUAUGGUGCAGCUCCGCCUUUGUAGUUCUGCAGCGAGCACCCUCUCCCCAGAGACGCUUCUGGCCUCCUCCGCUCGUUUCCAGCUGAGGGGGGGCAUUUUUAGGUCUCGCGCUCCGACGUCACCACAAGCUCGAGCCCCUGCAUGCAAAUCACGUCUGGGCUCGAGCCUCUCCAUUGGCCGUCUCGCGUUCAUUUAGCUGCUGUCAGCGCGCGCGGCCCGGGCACGCUCCCACAACUUUUCCCAGUUGCGCCAAAGCGAAGCUCAAACAGGUCGCUGCCGCGGGUCCCGGUGGAUGAGACGGAGGAGGCGAACGGGGGCACGCGCGCACCGGAGCGGGUCUUACCUGUGAGUGGAUUGGAUCCUGAUUAUUGGACCGGACCGCACCUGGCUGCUCUGAAUGUCUCUCACUCAGUGCCACUAAUGUACAGCAUCAUGAUGGAGACGGACUUGCAUUCCCCCGUGGUACCCCAGACCAACCCGUCCAACCCGGGGGGACACGCAGGAGGAGGAGGCGGGGGCCCCGGAGGCAAAAUUCCCCCGGAGAGGAUCAAGAGACCCAUGAACGCCUUCAUGGUGUGGUCCCGGGGCCAGCGCCGGAAGAUGGCUCAGGAGAACCCGAAGAUGCACAACUCCGAGAUCAGCAAGCGUCUGGGAGCGGAGUGGAAGGUGAUGACAGAGGUGGAGAAGAGACCCUUCAUCGACGAGGCCAAGCGGCUCCGGGCCAUGCACAUGAAGGAGCACCCGGACUACAAGUACCGGCCCCGGAGGAAGACCAAGACGCUGCUGAAGAAGGACAAGUACUCCCUGGCCGGGGGGCUCCUGGGCUCCUCCGCGGGUGUGGGAAUGGGAGGCGGCCAGCGGCUGGAGAGUCCCGGAGGGGGCCAUGUCGGGGCCAGCGCGGGCUACGCCACGCACAUGAACGGCUGGGCGAACGGUGCGUACUCAGGCCAGGUGGCGGCCGCCGCGGCGGCGGCUCACGCCAUGAUGCAGGAGGCGCAGCUGGCCUACACGCAACACCCGGGCACCGGGGCUCACCCACACCACCCCCACCAUCACCCGCACCACCACCCGCACAACCCGCAGCCCGUGCACAGGUACGACAUGAGCGCGCUGUCCUAUAGCCCCAUCUCAAACUCUCAGAGCUACAUGAGCGCGUCCCCGCCAGGCUAUGGCGGCAUCACCGGCUACACCCACCAGCACCAAAGCACCAGCGUCUCCCCGGUGUCCGGGGCGAUCGGGGGGACUCUGGGCUCUCUUGUGAAGUCGGAGCCGACCGUGAGCCCCCCGGUUUCCACCGCGCGCGCACCGCCCUCGUGCCCCACGGGAGACCUGCGGGACAUGAUCAGCAUGUACCUGCCACCCGGUGAGGCGGCGGCGGCGGACUCGGUGGUUCAGAGCAGACUGCACGUCCUCCACCCGCAGCACUACCAGAGCGGCGGCGGCGCGGCGCCGGUGAACGGGACGGUUCCGCUCACGCACAUCUAACCGAACCAGAGGCGCUAAAACAGGCAAUCAUCACUUUGAUCCAAACUUUUCUACCGGUUUCCUCAGAGGCGGACUUUUUGUUUAGCUGCAGGAGCCCGGACCCGACAGAACCGGAGGUCCGUUUCCGCCCCGCUGCGCGUGAAGAGUGAAAUUGAAGCAGCGGAGGGACAUUUAAACGGUUUGAUGCUUGUAACCAUGUGAGUCGCUGUCCUUUUGUUCCUGUUGUUGUAAAAUCCUGUAAAGUUGUGAAUAAAAACCGCGUUUAUGAAUCUGCAGAAGCUGCUUUUCCCGGAGGAAACGGUUAAUGUUUUAUUAUUUAGAUUUUAUUCUAAUUCUAAAAAAUCUUCUCUUAUAAAUAAGAUUUAUGCGCAUUUCCCCAAAAAUAUCUGAUUGUUUACCUUUAUUUAAAAUAUUUUUAAGACAAGACAACAUUUCCUAACGAAAUUAUUACAUUUAAUUCAUAAUAAAAACAUUUCUUCCUU